AUGCGACUGCAAUCGGUCUUCUCAGCUCUGGGAUUUUGCCUCGGUAUCGUGUCCGCAAAAUCACAUCCAACGGUCUAUAUAAUUCGACACGGCGAGAAGCCUCAGGAUCCCAACGACCAUGGUUUGACACUAGACGGAGUCAAGCGGGCACAGUGUUUAAGACAUGUUUUCGGCCAAGGCUCGGAGUACAACAUCGGGCAUAUUAUGGCACCUCGUGUGAAAUGGGAUGGCACACAUGGCCGUGCGUUUGAAACCGUUCUACCCCUUGCUAGAGAUCUGGGUCUCAGAGUUGACACACAUUGCAAGCGGAACAAAGUGAAAUGUGUGGCUAAGGCGAUCAGAUCGUAUGACGGACCGGGAAACAUUUUGGUUGCAUGGCGGCACUCGACUAUGAGUGGGAUUGUGGAGGAGCUUGGUGCCUGGGAGCCUGUUGAAUAUCCAAAUAAGCGAUUCGACGUGAUUUGGACAGAUCCUUGGCCGUAUGGGAAUGUGACAAGUAUCAAAAGCGAGGGAUGCCCUGGACUAGACGUUAGGACUGGCCUCGUGGAUCAGGUCUGA